GGCGUCUAGGGUUUAGGGUUUGGCUUUCAUUCUCUUUUCGUCGUUGCUGUUCGGCUUCGUUGCUUCGCAGGAGUUGUAGAGAUUGCACGCGUCGCUUCUUCGGCUCCUUCGUGGCCGUUCAACUUUGCUCCUUCGCCGACUUUCCCUUCCUGUCGGAUCGGAAGUUACGACAUUUUGAUCGGAAGCAACAACGGGAGCUCGCUGACUGUGAAGCAAUUGGUGAGCUUUGUAGUUGUACUUCUAAUUGAGGUAAUUUAUGAGAGCAAAAUAUGUCGGAGACAGCAUCUUUGAAUAUGCAGGACAUUCCACAAGGUCAGCUCCCUGAGCAUAUUGAGCUUCAGAGGACUCGAGUGUUUUGCAAAGCUGAUGCACCAGUACAUACAGAGGAUGUUGAAUAUUCUGGUGCUUAUGCGGCGGUAGGGUUUGACAAUAGUUUGCAAGUAGAUGAUUUCCGUAGAGAUUUCAGAGUUGAAAUAAAGAAUCUGUCAAUGGAUGAUAUAGAAUUUGACAUGAUUGGGAUUGACGCAUCUUUGGCUAAUGCAUUCAGGAGGAUAUUGAUAGCUGAGGUUCCAACAAUGGCUAUUGAAAAGGUUCUCAUUGUUAACAACACAUCAGUGAUGGCUGAUGAGAUACUAUCCCAUAGGCUGGGCCUUCUCCCAAUCGAGGCUGACCCAAGGCUAUUUGACUUUCUAUCUGAAAACGAUACUCCAAAUGAGCGGAACACUAUAGUAUUUAAAAUGGAAGUUCAUUGUAAGAAGCGUGGCCCUCGUCUUACUGUGAAAUCUGAUCAGCUAAAGUGGCUGCCAAAUGGUAGCGAGCUUUUAAUGGAAUCACCUAAUCCAUCCACAAAACCACGAAGUUUCACAUCAUUCUCUUGCAGUCAAGCUUCUCUACCACAAAUUUCUGGCAUGCCAAUCGGUAUGAAGCAUCGUGAUAUUAUCAUUACUCAGCUCGGUCCAGGACAGUCUAUUGAGCUUGAAGCCCAUGCAGUGAAAGGCACCGGAAAAGUUCAUGCUAAGUGGUCUCCUGUUGGUACAACAUGGUAUAGGAUGCUGCCAGAGGUUAAACUUUUGAAAGAAGUGAGAGGCAAUGAUGCUGAAAAACUUGUCAAGAAAUGUCCACGUAAAGUGUUUGAUCUUGAAGAUGUUGGACAUGCUAUGAAGAAGGCGGUUGUUUCUAGGCCACGAGAUUGUACGUUAUGUAGAGAAUGCAUUAGCGGUGCCGGUGAGGAAAACAUUGCACUGAGGCGCGUGAGGGACCACUUCAUCUUUACUGUGGAGUCAACUGGUGCUUUACCUGCGGAGGUAUUAUUUACAGAAGCUGUGAAGAUCUUGGAAGAAAAGUGUGAGCGUGUUAUUUCCGAACUUUCAUAGAAGAUAGUUUGUAUCUAUAUGGAGUAAUGAGCUUGUGACCUAUUUAUAGUUUUGAUUUUUGAAUGUGCUCUAUUAGUUUUAAUAAUUUUUGUAGCAGCAUUUGAACAUUUUCUAUAAAACA